UGUUUGUCAUCCCACUGCUGACACCUCUUGCGCAGGGCAACGACUUUCUUCCGCAAAGCAACAUCUUGACUUUGUUACCUGACACGAUGGUGAACGUCUGUGGCCUCGUCACUGCCAAACAAGAGCCAGUUCCUCUGAAGAGCAUCGAGGUGGAGCUGGAGGUGAGGGACCACGUGGCCACGGUGGUCUCCACUCUGCUCUACGAGAACAAGGAGGACAAACCCAUAGAGGCCGUGUUCGUCUUCCCUCUGCCCGGAGACGCCGCCGUCUGUCACUUCAGUGCCACGAUCGGUCAGACGCAGAUUGUAGCCGAGGUGAAGGAGAAACAGGAGGCUCGCGAGGAGUAUGACGACGCGCUGAGCUCCGGUCAGCAGGCCUUCCUGUUGGAGGAGAGCGAGCAGAGUCCGGACAUAUUCACUCUGAGCGUGGGCAGCCUGCCCCCGGGAGAGAGCGCCUCCAUCAGGCUGGAGUACGUCACUGAGCUGGCCGUGCAGGCCGACGACGGCCUGAGGUUUUGUCUGCCUGCCGUGCUCAACCCUCGCUACCGACCUCGGGGAAGUGAAGGUGGUGAAGGUGCCGGCGUCCAGGUGACCUCUGUUCCUGCCUCUCUGGUUCCCUACAGUCUGUCGUUCUCUGCCCGAGUGUCCUCUCCUCGCCCCGUCACUAAAGUGGAGUCCAGCUGCUCCCUGGAGCCUCUCCAGUACCUCGACACGGAGCGGACCCAGGCCUCGGUCAAGUUGGCUGCAGGACACAGGUUCGACCGAGACGUCGAACUGCUGAUUCAUUACAAAGAUGCCCACCGGCCCACUGCGGUGGCGGAGGCGGGACAGGCCUCUGCCAAACCUGGGACUCUGAUGGCAGAUCCAGCGGUGAUGCUGAGCCUGUACCCCGAGUUCCCCGAGUCGGUGAUGUCGUCAGUCGCCUCACGUGGAGAGUUUGUGCUCCUGAUGGAUCGGUCGGGGAGUAUGGGCUCACCUAUGACAAACAGCAAGCGCCAUCAGACUCGCAUUAGCAGCGCCAGGGACACUCUGCUGCUCCUGUUGAAGAGCUUACCGAUGGGCUGCCACUUCAACAUCUACAGCUUCGGGUCCGCCUACGAGCACGUCUUCCCUCAGAGCGUGGAGUACAGCGAGAAGACCCUGGAAGAGGCCCUGAGGAGAGUCGAGGCGAUGGAUGCUGACCUGGGAGGAACAGAGAUCCUUCAGCCCCUCAAACAUAUUCUCAGCCAGCCCUGCAUUCCCAGUCAGCCGCGACAACUCUUUGUCUUCACUGACGGACAGGUGGCCAACACCAAAGAGGUGAUGAGCCUGGUGAGGAAGAAUUCAGGCUCCCACAGGUGUUUCUCUUUUGGGAUCGGAGAAGGAGCCAGCUCUGCUCUCAUCAAUGGGUUGGCCAAGGAAGGAGGAGGUCACGCUCAGUUCAUCACAGGGACGGACAGGAUGCAGCCUAAAGUGAUGCAGUCGCUGCGAUUUGCUCUGCAGCCAACGGUGGUGGACAUCUCCAUCACAUGGGAUCUGCCAGAGGGCGUGUCCGUCACCGUGCUCUCUCCGCCAAUCACAGCACUUUUCCAGGGUCAGAGGUCACUGAUUUACGCCCAGCUCAGCGGAGAGAGCUCGGAGGCAGCGGAGGGCUGCGUGACAGUGAAGUACAGCCUGGCGGCUCAUCCCUCGCAGAACCAGCUCCGCUUCAGUCUGAAACCUGCAGAGGACUCUGGGUCAACGGUCCACAGGCUGGCCGCUCGCACCCGGAUACGCAGCCUGGAGACGGAGGGGCAGCAAGGUGGAGGAGUGAAGGAGAAGGUGGUGGAGCUCAGUGUGCAGUCGGGAGUGAGCAGCUCCUUCACGGCCUUCGUCGCCGUGAACAAAGGCAGCGGCGAGCCGGUCAGAGGGCCGCUGGUGCGCAGAGACGUCCCAACGCCCGACUUGCGUAACGCCAUUUGUGGCAAGAGACGUCAGUUCAGGCCAAUGGGUCUGAUCCCUGACAUGCAACCCAUGAUGUACUCUCCCAGACGUGUCCCACAUUCACGAGCUCGACCGGGGACCAGUGGAUUGUUUUUUUCUGAGACGUCUCUGCUCUGCUCUCUGGUAGCUCGGAAUAAAACAUUGUGUGGUCUGAAGCAGAAGAUCAUCACCCGGAGAAAACCAAAAGGAGUACAGAGACAUGGAGCGUCUCCGGAUUUUUUUGACUUAGCUUGUGAUGAAGAAGAACAUGCCACACCCCAGCAGUUUUGCAGAGACCCUCUGCUGCAGCUGGUCUCCCUCCAGAAGGCGUCCGGCUGCUGGCUGCCUGAUCCGGCUCUGGCUGCCUCGCUGGGGAAGACCAGCGAGGAGACGGAGAAAACAAAGCCUCCGUCGGCGAACCGGGAAUUGUGGGCCACCAUUCUGGCUCUGAUCUGGCUCCAUGGUGUCAAGGUGGAUGCGAAGGAAGAGUGGGAGCUUCUGGCUAUGAAGGCUGUGUCCUGGCUCCGCGCUCAGAACGCACCAUGUAUGGCAGAGUGCGUGGAAGCUGGAAACACACUGUUGGGUUGCAGUGUGCAGAAAGACGUCCUGGGGCUCUGAGGUUUUCAUUUCUCUUCAUCAGUACUUGUCCACAAAGGCACAUUUGCUCAACACUGUCAACUUUGCAACAAUAAAAUUUUAUUGAAAUAUUA